AUGGAUGUACUUGAUACUAUUGUUGAAACUGCACAUAGUUUGGAUGAAAGUGCCAGGGCGACAGGAUAUAUCAGAGCUGCUCAAACGUACGAGGUUGCAUUCAUGUUACAUUUGAUGAAAGAAAUUUUAGGAAUUACAAAUGACCUUAGUACAUGCUUACAAAAAAAAGAGCAAGAUAUUGCGAAUGCCAUGCGACUUGUUAAUGUGGAAAGGAUAAGGUUGCAAGAGCUAAGGGAAGAUAAAAGAUGGGAUUUGUUUGUUGCUGAGGUAUCUACGUUUUGGAGAUUUCGGCGUAAACCUGCUGAUUAUACUUUCUUGCAUCAUUAUCAUGUUGAUGUAUUUUGUAAAAUAAUUGAUUGGCAACUGCAAGAACUUAAUGAUCGUUUUGAUGAGGAGACAACUGAGUUGCUUUAUGGAGUUGCUUGUUUGAAUCCGAUAGACUCAUUUUCAAGUUCUGACAUUCAAAAAAUAAUGAGAAUGGCUAAAUUAUAUCCUGAUGACUUUGAUGAAUUUAGUAUGUGUUCUCUUGAGAAUCACCUUGCGAAUUACAUUAUUGAUGUUCGUGAUAUUGAUAAAAGGUUCUCCGAUUUAAAUGGGCUUUGUGAUCUUUCAAAAAGACUGGUUCGAACAAAAAAGCAUUCAUGUUAUCCUCUUGUAUUUCGUUUAGUGAAAUUUGCUUUGCUUCUCCCAGUUGCCACUGCAUCCGUUGAAAGAGCUUUUUCGGCAAUGAAGUUUAUUAAGAAUGAGUUGCGGAGUCGAAUGAAUGAUGAAUUCUUGAGCGGUUGCAUGGUUCCUUUUGUGGAAAAAGAUAUGUUUAAUGAUGUUUCAACUGAUGAUAUUAUUUUGACUUUUCAAGCAAUGAAACCUCGUCGAGUAGUGCUAUAA